UGGGAGAGAAGAAAAUAAACCUAAUGCUGCUAAUGAGGCUAGUUAUGGAACCAAACCCUAAAUACUCCUUUUGCCAACUGUGACCGGCCGUGAGGGGCUCUCUCCGCAUGCAGCGCCUCUGUCUGGGAGAAAAGCUCGGGAACCGUGUGGAUUCUUCUGGACCGUCUCUUUCUUUUCUUUUUUUUAAAAGUCAAGUUGAAGACGCCAGCCAGGAGAAGCUUUCAUUUGCUAGCCUGUCUGUGAGCUAGCUAACCGAGCUAACCGUAGCCUAGCAAAGGGAGCGCUGGAUGAACUUCGCAUGGACUGACUGACUGCUGCGGAUGGGAGAGUAGCCCCGCUGCCCGACUGAGAGCUUUUCUUUUGGGCUGGGUCCUUCGCAUGGGAGUGCGUUGUUGCCUAAUGGACACUAUCGCCCCGGAGCUGGAAGGCGAUAACGGUGUGCAAAUGUUGUUUUUGCGGCUCUCGGCAUCACGUUAUUGAUCUGGAAAUCCAUUGGCAGAGCUAACAGGAUAUUAGCCACCUUUCUCGCUUUGUGGUUGCAGGCCAUGGACUGAGAGGAAUUCAUCACUGGCUGGGUGAUGAGAAGGCUGGCUUGAUGGCAGCUAAUUAUUUAUUGGGAAGCAGCAAUUGGAGAAGGGUUUGAUUUGAACGUCCUCCCCGAAGAGUUCAACUCCUGUUUGGUCUUUUUUCUUUUUUUCUUUUUUACUUGAAAUGCACCGGAGUUAGUCCAGAAGAGACGCACAAGAAAACAGCGGAAUUACAACAUUAAAGUCCCGUAAAGAGAAAUUAACAGCUGAAAUAUAAUGUCUACCGCUAAAGAAAACCCCUGCAGGAAAUUCCAGGCGAACUUCUUCAACAAAAGUAAAUGUCAGAACUGCUUCAAACCUCGGGAGCUGCAUCUGUUGACGGACCAGGAUCUGACCCAGGCUAAACCUAUUUAUGGUGGAUGGCUGUGCUUGGCCCCCGAGGGAACUGACUUCGACAAUCCUAUGCAGAGAUCCCGGAAAUGGCAGAGGAGAUUCUUCGUGCUGUACGAACACGGCUGUCUGCGAUUUGCCCUGGACGAAUCGCCGAGCACGCUGCCUCAGGGCACCGUGAACAUGAACCUCUGCACAGACGUCAUCGACGCCGAGCCGAAGACGGGCCAGAAGAACUCCCUGUGCAUCGUCACGCCGGAGCAGGAGUACUUCAUCAGAGGGGAGAAUAAAGAGAUCAUCAACGGGUGGAGCGAGCAGCUGGUGGUUUACCCCCGAACAAACAAACAGAACCAGAAGAAGAAACGCAAGGUGGAGCCCACGACCUCCCAGGAGCCAGGUCCAGCCAAGGUGGCGGUGACCGGCUCUGGGAUCCCAGAGGCGGAGAAGGUCCCGGACUCCAGCUCCAUAAUCUGGCAGGAGGAGCUGAACCAGAGGGAGGCCGAGGGGGCGGCGGUCUGGGCCGCUGCCGACCUGCCGCCAGGAUCACCACUGGCCUCCGCAGGUGACGGUGCGUCUGUGGGCCACGGCUCAGACGCAGGCUCGGUGAACGGUGAUGAGGUGGACCGGGGAGGCGUGGCGCUGCACAGCUCGCCGCUGCAGCCGCCCGGCGACCUGCUCUCCCCCACCGGCUCCUGCUCCAGCCUGGGAGGAGUCCCCCGCUGCCUCUCCCCAGCCCCCAGCGACCCCUUCCCCUCCGGCAGCUCCCUGCUCUCCAACGGGUCCCACAUCAGCGGCUCGGUCAGCUCUUUGGACUCGGACGCCAGCGGCAGCACGGUGACGAGCACCGACAGUCACCCGGCCAACCAGAGGGCGGGCCACGCCUACGGCCACCACGCCAGGCGCCUGGAGGCCGAGGCCAGGAAGGCCGAGAAGAGGAGCCGGUUCAGGAGCCCCGAAAGGCAGGAGAGGGAGGCCGUCCUCAGCCCCGAGAGGAGUCGCUCCGGUGUUAUUGAGAAGUUGGAGGCGUUGGAGCUGGAGAACCAGGAGAAAAUGGAGGUGGAAGAGUCGGGGAGGGGCGGAGCCAGACAGGGCCGAAGUGAGCACAGACGUUUCCACAGAGAGGAGCAGAGGCAUGACACUGGUCAGGGUCUGGACUUCCCCUCCACCCUUCCCCCGCUGAGGAGAGCCAAGUCUCUGGACCGAAGGACCACCGAGUCAGUCAUGACGCCUGAUUUACUGAACUUCAAGAAAGGCUGGAUGGUGAAGCUGGAUGAGCAAGGACAGUGGAAGAAAUACUGGUUUGUGUUGACGGAUCACAGCCUGCGAUACUACAAGGAUUCGAUUGCAGAGGAAGCGUCUGACCUGGACGGUGAGAUCGACCUGUCCACCUGUUACAGUGUGACUGAGUACCAGGCUCAACGUAACUAUGGCUUCCAGAUCCACACCCAGGAGGGAGUCCACACUCUGUCGGCCAUGACGGGAGGUAUACGCAGGAACUGGAUCCAGGCCGUCAUGAAGAACGUCAGACCUUCCACCGCCCCUGAUGUGGCGAGGUCGACUGAGGAUCAUAGCUCAUUCUCUUCUUUGGAAGUUCUGGUCCGGCCAGAUCUCACCCAGGACUCGCCCUCCUCUGAGGCCUCCUCCGUAGAGAGAGAAUCCGCUCCGGGCGUCAUCAAGAGCCGGGCGCGCGAGCGUCGACGGGAAGGCCGCUCCAAGACCUUCGACUGGGCGGAGUUCAGACCCAUCGCUCAGGCUCUGGCUCAGCAGAGAGCACAGGAGGCCGAGAGCCUCCAGGCCGACCUGGGAGAGCUGGAGCGAAGCCGGCGGAGGGAGGAGAGGCGGAAGAGGUACGAAUCUGUGACCAGCUCGUCAGCAGAGCAUCCGUCUGCGAAAGAAGGAGGGAGGACGGACUAUGAGAGCGGAGAUGGGGUCGGACACUUAGAUUCGUUAGGUCCCACGUCUCUGGAGAGGCAGCAGAGGGUGGAGGAGGUGAUCGAACAGCACUGGCGACAGGUGGAGAAGACGCCCAUACGGGACGAGAGGAGGGUUCCUCUGCCCUCCACGGGGCAGAUCAGAGAGACGGCAGAGCUGGAGCAGCUGCUGGAGAACUACAAGCAAGGGAUCGAGGACCUCAAGGCUCAGUUGGAGAGCUGUCACAAGCAGCUCCUCGACUCCAACAAGCACAAGCAGGAGCUGGAGCUCCAGCUGAGAACGGCUCUGGAGAGAGAGCAGGACAUCCGGACAGGCUACAUCUCUCCGCUGGAGCCCCCUUUGGGUCUGGAGGCUGAUGUGACGCCCCAGACGAAGAAGCCUGAGCUGGUUAGUUCUCAAGCACAGAGUUUAACAAAGAAGUACCAGGAGACCAAAGAGCUCCUGAAAGUGCAAGAGCUGAAAAAGCGCAAUAUGCAGGCACAGCUUGGCCUCACGCUUUCUCACCUCCCCAUCAAGGAACCUUAUUUUUCUGAACCCCAAAAACCGUCUGUUCAGGAAGAUCCUCCCCCUGAACCCGUCCAAAAAACCAUUAGCAUCCUGCUCCAGGACGGACCAGAGGCCAUUCAAGAACUAGAAGACCUGAUAAGUGGUCAACCCUUCACUCUGAAGGAGCUGGGGAAGGUUUUGAAAUCCCAUAGUUGUAAUCAAGAGACAACAGAGAAGCAUCAACUUCAGAAGCUCCUGGAGACCUGGAAGUACCAGCAGGAGAUAGAAAACGAAAUGAUAAAAAAGAGUUUAGCCAGGGCAGGAGAAAGCAUCCGCGAAUACGAAGCCCGUCUUCUGACCAUGGAGGAUUUGGUGGGGAAGGUUCAGAAGCAAAGUCUCAAAAGCCCCUACGGCCCCGUCUCGAAGAUCGAAAACCACUCUGAGACAAAGGAGAUGACGAUAGGAAUGCUCUCUCAGAGGGUCGAACUGUUAACCAAUGAAAACGGGGCAUUGAAACAACGAUGUCAGGAGAUAGUGAACCAGCUGACUGAGGCCGACAGAGAAAUAGACAGGCUGAAAGCCGAGCUGAUCGGCCAGCAGGGCGGCAAACAGCAUCACCUGGUCAUGGAGGAGCUGAAACGGCUGAAGGCCGAACUGGCUGAAAACCAAGCGAACGCCAUAGACAGGGAGUAUUAUGAGAGGGAGCUGAACGAGAAAUCCUUGAGGCUCCACGAAGCUCUGGUCACGUUAGAGGAACUAGGCAGCACCCUGAAAGACACUGAGAAAAAGCUGCAGUUGAAAGAGGCCACAUUGAAAGGUCUCGGCUUCCAGUCAGAUUAUGAAGAUGAGGAGAUACACCCGGAGAAAGAGCUACCGGAAACCUCACAAGCUAAGAUGCUUGAGAUGGAGGCAAAGCUGCGGUCGACAGAGCAGCGUUGUGCCGAACUGGAAGCUAGGAACAGUGAACUAAUCACACUAAACCAGGAGUCUGAGAAAGUCGGUAGAGAGAAGCUAGCAGAGGCAGAAAACGAAAUAAGGAUGCUACGAGAGAAGUUAGGUAGAGCUGAGAUGACAGAUAGUAAGUGUGUGGAAGCAGGAAAAACGCAGGUCGACAAUAAAGGACAUAUAAAGAAAGUAGUAGAAGAGGUUGAGAGGAAGACUGAGGCGAUUAAUCAGGUCGUAGAGAUGUUAGCAAAGGUAGACGUUAACGUAGAGAGGAUGCUCGGUGAUUUAAAAAGCACUUUAUUCGGUUCUUUGAAAGAAGAGCCACUCCUUGUAAGUCGAACGGACAUGAGGUUGGUGGUUGAGGGAGAGUUUUGGAGCCAGCUGUUGGGCCUCCCCAAAGUAGACCCAGAGGAAACCAGGCUGAAGAGUGGGAGGGAUGUGGCAGAACAGAUGAUGGCACAGAAGCGCUUGAUGAUCUUGAUUAGUAGGAUUUCUCCACAAGCGAAAGUUGAGAGUGAGGUAGAGACGGAGUUGGAUUUUGCGUCUAUGUACUGCUGGUUUAACGACAAAACAAACGCUUUGAUUCUCAAAGAGUUAACAAAGGCCUUGGAGGCAAAGUCGAAUGGUUUGAGGCAGACGGCAUCCAGGGUGAUGCUGGAUGAAGAUGACGAGCUCCUAUCUUCGGCUCUAGCGAGCUUCGAGUUGGGUAGUGAGCAGAAACAGGCCUCAGACUAUCUGCUCGAAGCGCUGAAAGACGCGUACGUGUCUUAUAUGAUCAUCAGGCUGAAGGUCCAGCAUGAGGAAGAGCUAAAGCAAGAGCAGAUGGAAGUUGAGAUAGGUAGCUUGGACUGUCCGAAUUGUCCUAAAUUAAGAGAAGUCGUCAGUGACCUCCAGUCUAAAGUAGCAAAUCUUCAGAGUCAACCAUCUGAGGCGUCUUUGAAAACAACCACAGGGCCACAAACUAUGAUCCAGAUUGAAGGAGAGCCCAUUGACUCUCUGGAUAAAACCAUUGAGCUCCAUGACAUGACAGCGAGGCACAGGAAGGAGCUUCGAGAGGUCAAAGAUCGCUAUGAGCUGGAGGCUGAAAAGAUGAGGCAGGAAAUAGCUAAGGCCAGUGAGACACUGCGUCUCCGUUCAGAAGAGAAUGUGAAAGAGAUUGACUCGUUGACAAACUGCAUGGAAAACCUCAAGAAGAAGCACGAGACGGAGAGGGCGAACCUCAUGGAGAGGUUUGACCGGGAAAUGGAAGAGCUGAGAAGCAUGAUGAGUCCGGUCAACCCGGACAGGACCUUGUCGGAUGAGGAGAAGCCGUCGCAUCACCCUUCGGCCGAAACGUCGACCCUGAAGGAACGUAUCCAAGAGCUGGUGACCCAAGUGUCAGUCAUGACCGAAGAGAUGAGACGGCGUGAAGAGCGGGGCGACGUUACUUCUCAGCGGCUGAAAUACGAGAAAGAUCUGGAGAACCUGAAGGCCACCUGUGAGAGGGGCUUUGCCGCCAUGGAGGAGUCGCAUCAGAAGGUGAUAGACGAGCUGCAGAGGAAACACCAGAGAGAGCUGGAGAACCUGCAGGAGGAGAAGGAGAGGCUGCUGGCCGAGGAGACGGCGGCCACCAUCGCUGCGAUCGAGGCGAUGAAAAACGCACACCGGACGGAGCUGGAGAAGGAGCUGGACAAGGCUCGCAAGGCGAACAACAACGCCGAGAACGCAGACAUGGAGGAGAUCCACCGACAGCACGAGGAGGAGCUGUGUUCGUUCCAGCGGGAGAUCGAGGUGCUGUCGGAGCAGUACUCCCAGAAGUGCCUGGAGAACGCCCACCUGGCCCAGGCGCUGGAGGCCGAGAGGCAGGCCCUCAGGCAGUGUCAGAGAGAGAACCAGGAGCUCAACGCACACAACCAGGAGCUGAACAACCGUCUGGCAGCAGAGAUCACAAAGAUGCGUUCAAUGACAUCUGAGGACGGAGUGGGAGACACCAACGCCACGAUACAGGGGAAGGAGCUCUACGAGUUAGAGGUGAUGCUGAGGGUGAAGGAGUCUGAGGUCCAGUACCUGAAGCAGGAAAUCAACUCCCUGAAGGACGAGCUCCAAGCCGCCCAAAGAGACAAGAAAUAUGCAACGGAUAAGUACAAGGACAUCUACACAGAGCUGAGCAUUGUGAAGGCCAAAGCAGAGCGGGACCUGGGCCGGCUCAGAGACCAGCUGCAGCUGGCGCACGAGGCGCUCGGGGAGCCGUCGCUGGAGGAGGUGGAGCGAGGAGGAUACGACAUCAUGAAGUCCAAAAGUAACCCAGACAUCCUCAAGAUGGCGGCUGCUGCAGCCAAACGCUCGGAGCGCACCAUGAGGUCAAAGAGUCUGAAGGAGGGGCUGACACCUGAGCAGAGACUCCACCUGUUUGAGAACAAAGACACGAAGGAGUUCUGACAGUGACGCCGCUUCCUCCCGCCUCGCUGCAUGUGUAGAAGUCCACUAUAUUUUAGCUCUGUAACGACUUAUUUAGUAACAGUAGACACUGGUCACAAACACAGAUCAUAUAUUAUUAAAAACAUGGUAUGAAGUUUGAAUUUCAUGUCUAGACUUUGCAUUCCAUGCACUUCAGUUAACUGUGACAUUUUUGUAUUGUUGAUGUUUUGCUGCCAUGUCUCACUGUAAAUACUUUACGUUUUUAAUCUGCCACGAACACUAAACUCUGACUGUGUAAGCUACUGUGUCACUCCAUAGACUGUUGCUAGCCAAAGGCAUGAAUGUGAUGUUUAACAGCUGAACUACAACCACACGCGCCGAGCAGCGAAUGACGCUCGCGUUACAAAAGCAUAGGAAUAGUUACUGCUCCGCCACAGACGGGACAACGAGCCCGUCGAACCCGCCGUGCCGCUUCAUGUUCCCUGUCCUCGGAUCAGACGUGGAUGCAUUCACUGACCAUAUAUAUGAAUCUUUCCUCACUGGAGUCUCGGUCCAGCUGUACAGGAGCUGUUGGAGGUGGUUCAUGUCUGUAGUCUUGUUCAGUGGCAGUCCUCCUCCCUUUGUAUUUAUUUAAAUGGUUGGGAUUUUUUCUUUCACAUUCCCAUUACUCUGUACUCUAUUAUUGUAAAUAUUAAGCAAAUAUACACCAACUGACUACAGGUUUAUUAGCAAUAAAUAUUUUUGCACCCUUUACAGUGUGUGACUUUUUCUGGAGCUCUCGGCCGCGUUGCACUGUCUUCCUCAGCAGAUGGAGUUGGGAGGGGUCACGUAUGAACAUUAUCAGUCAUAGACAGGUUGACCCAAGUGUUAAUGCGUGUUCUGUUAUCUGAAGAGAAAACAUGGAACAGCAGCCGGGAGGAGCAGAGACUGUAGACUCAUUUACACCAAGGAGGUUGUUGUCAUCGCUUGUUUUUGUUUGUUUGUUUGUUUGUUUGUUUGUUGAUUUGCACUGAACUCGGCGGAGGGAGGGGUCAUGGACAAGGGAAGAAUCCAUUACAUUUUGGGGCAGAUCUGGAUUUACUAUGAGUUUAAGUUUUUCUCUAUGAAGUCUGGUGCAUGUGAAGGUUGGUGAUCAGGCCGCAUGCUUCACAUCUGUCUCCCUCUCCAGCUGUUUGCUCGUCGAUGUGUUUCGUAUCUAUAUGGUGGUUUAAACUCUCAGGCAGCAGUUCACUGUUAUUGACUCGUUUUACAUGAAGAACAAAGUUAAAUAAAACUGUCUGAAGCAUCUGGAUUUUACUGCUUCAACUUCUUUCCUCUGAGUUUUCAAAUGACAGACAGGAGGAGCAGACCGCAGCUCCCAGUGCAGCUCCCAGUGAGUCCAGCAGUCGCCAGAAGACACCAGGGAUCUAGUUGAGUUUGUUUAGCAGGAUGAUGUUGUAUAACGUUGUUUUCUGCUCUGGUUUCAUGAGAAAUUCUAACACUAAUUAAAGUCCUCGAACUCUCUGUGAUCUGCUCAGAUCAGGAAAUACAGAGAGGGAAGACUGACACUAAAAAUGUGUCUGCUGCUGUUUUGUCAACUCUGAACUCUGACCUCUCUCUGAAAAUAUGAAUUUACACAGAGGAAAAACAGAACUACAGUUUAAUGAGCUGGUUGUUCUGAUGUCACAAACACAGACAGGUGAGCUCUUAUGUCACAAACACACAGAGGUGAGUUCUUAUGUCAGAGACACAGAAAGGUGAGCUCUGAUGUUAAAGACAAGUUAGCUCUGAUGUCACAGUGACACAGACAGGUGAGCUCUGAUGUCAUAGACGCACAGACAGGUGAGCUCUGAUGCCACAGUGAUAAUAAGUGUCUCUUGAAUUGAGGUUGUUUUGUCAAACUGUUUCCAAAGAGCGUCAAACUAAAGAUAUUAUUACAUUGCAUUAUGGGAAAUGUUGAAUCCACCAUUUCUGGAGUUUGACCCUUGAA